UCCUCCCGCAGAGGGGUGUAAACAGGCCCGGUGGUGGCCGAGCUGCGGCCCUGCUGUGUCCUGGUGUCCGGCAUGCUUCAGGCGAGGCGGGGCGGCCCAGCCGCGAGCUCAGCGCCCACCUGAGGUAACCCUUGCGGCCUUGGGACGGGCGUACCUUACGCCGCGCGCAGUCGCUGCUGCCCGCCGCCGACGAGGCCGGCCGAGCCCCGGACCCCGGCAGGGGGUGUGGCUGCCGGCGGUGCCGUCCGCGACAGGUGGGUUGGGCAGGGGCGGCCGCCGAGGCCCAAGCUCUGCACAGCUCUGGGUCGCGGCCUCGGCGCGGAGCCGGCCGAAAAGUGGCAGCGACCCCGGGCUGUGGGCCCUUCCGCCCCGGCUGCUCGAGGCUGCCCGAGGCUACUCUCCGGGCCGCGCCGAACCGAGGGCCGCAGGAUCCGUGGGGGGCGCUGAGGACCCCGGGCUGCCAGCGUGGAGUCCCAGUUGAAGCCUGGCCUGGCCCUUGCGGGCUGUGAGACCUUGGCCAAGUCAGCCUCAGCCCUCGCCCUGGCCUGAGUUUCCACAUCUGUAAUGAAUGUCUGGACUAGAUGAUCUGUGAGGACCUGCCACUUCUGACGUGUGUGAUCUCGAGACACCCGCAUACUUUGGAAGCUGCCAGAGGGAACACUUAGCUUGAAGUCCAUGGCCCAAAAUGACUCUACCACUGGAGACUCUGUUCAGUAGAGAAGACACCCAGACAAGAGGCUGGGAUGAGCAUGCCACUGCAUCAGAUCUCUGCCAUUCCAACCCAGGAUGCCACCUCUGCUAGAGUCUACAGAAGUAAGACCAAAGAAAAGGAGAGGGAAGAGCAGAAUGAGAAGACUUUGGGACAUUCCAUGAGUCAUUCAAGUAACAUUUCUAAGGCUGGGGGUUCUUCAUUGGCGUCGGCUCCAGUGUCCGCCUUCUCUCGCACUUCUGUCACGCCAUCCAAUCAGGACAUCUGCAGUUCCAGUGCAGUGUGUUCUGAGUGUUGUCACCAAAGUCCCGUGCAGUCUGCCGUUGUCUUGAAAGCUCCUCAAUACCAGAGUUCUCUGACACAAGGGCUCACUGUGACAGUUAUCUGUAAAGACACAUUGUCAAAGAGAAAUUCCUGUGGUUCAGAAUGGACCCAGGCCUUGAAGCCUGCUGACAAUACCAAAGCCAGAAGAAUACUAAAGUUCUCAAAAUCCCUAAACGAUGUGGGUGAGAAGCCCCAGAACACUUCAGGAAGUUUUGACUAUGUGGAAAGAACUCGCUCCGAAGGGAAAUUGAUACUCCCUCAAGAUCCAGGUCUCAGGAUUAACAGGUUCCAUCAGAAGGAAAAAAAAGCACAGCAUCACAAACCUCUUGGCAGUUCCAAACAUUCUUGCGUUUCAUCCCUUUCUGCCAACCGUUCAGUUGCCUCAGAGGUGGAAGCUGGCAAGGGGGGCAUCCACGUCCCUCUUUUGGAAGAGAGAGCGGAUGCUGAAGCUGUGUCCAGGAGCCGGCGACUGCUCCGGUACCUGUUCUCGCUCUCGCACGGCUCGAGCGCCAGCAGCCUGCACAGGUUCCAUGAGCUGGAGGGCUGUGCCGUGCCCCUGCACACCGCCAAGUCCUCCAGCGGGCUGGCAGGGAGCAUGGGCUUCUGCUCCGAUGAAAUGGGAGACGACGAUGUCUUUGAGGACAGCGCAUCUGCAAAAUGGAAGAACAAGGUCCUGCGGGCACCCCUCUGCUCAGUGGAGAAGGACAGUGACCUGGAUUGUCCUUCUCCCCCCUCUGAAAAAUGCCCCCCCAUAUCUCCUGUGUCCACAUCAGGGGAUGCCUGCAGGAUCUGCCACUGUGAAGGGGAUGACGAGAGCCCUCUGAUCACCCCCUGCCGCUGCACAGGGAGCCUCCACUUCGUGCACCAGACCUGCCUGCAACAGUGGAUCAAGAGCUCCGACACGCGCUGCUGUGAGCUCUGCAAGUACGAGUUCAUCAUGGAGGUCAAGCUGAAGCCUUUGAGAAAAUGGGAGAAGCUGCAGAUGACGGCCAGCGAGCGCAGGAAGAUCAUGUGCUCAGUGACAUUUCAUGUCAUCGCCAUCACCUGUGUGGUCUGGUCCUUGUACGUGCUCAUCGACCGCACCACUGAGGAGAUCAAACAUGGACAGGCAACAGGAAUCCUAGAAUGGCCCUUUUGGACUAAAUUGGUGGUUGUGGCCAUCGGGUUUACUGGCGGACUUCUUUUUAUGUACGUUCAGUGCAAAGUAUACAUACAAUUAUGGAAGAGACUCAAGGCUUAUAACAGAGUAAUCUAUGUUCAAAACUGUCCAGAGACCAGCAAAACGAAUAUUUUUGAAAAAUCUGCACUAACAGAGCCCAACUUUGAAAAUAAAGAUGGACCUGGAACCUGUCAUUCCGACACAAACUCUUCUUGUUGGACAGAACCUGAAGACACUGGAACCGAAAUCGUUCAUGUCUGAUUUUGUGGAGGGUGUAGUUUUCCUGGACAUCGAUGAACAGCUGAAGGAAAUUGUUUACUGCCAAUUCUGUACCUUUUUUUAUGUCCUUUAAUAGCAUAGACGAGGCAGGUGACUGUUUUUUUAAUGGCUUCUCUUUUUCUAAACCCUCCUUAGUGAAUCUCCCAGAAAGCCCUCACAUUGGUUGUGCGUGGUGGGGUCCCACUUCUGCCAACACUUCCACGGGAAGGGAGGCCCCCGUGACACUGUGAGGGGUUGCUGGCUGGGUUCUGGCCCACGAAGCCUUGAGCAGUGAGAGAAUAAAAUGCCGGACCCUGAGAAGAGCAGGAGCCGGGUGGCACCCUGGCCUCAGUGCCCUGCCUCUCCCGGUCAGCAGCAGUCCGCCCACUGGAGCAGAGUGUGUGGGAAUGUCUAGUCAUGCCAGAGGAUUUCCCUCCGCACCAAGAAGAGCCUGGGGAGAUGAUGCUGCCACUGACGUUUCUCCCGAGCAGACCGGGCAGUGGUGCUCUGUGCGUGGUGGCAAGUGAUUCACUGAGCAAACAGCACUUUACAAAAAGAGAAUCUUUAUUUUGUAGUAUGUGUGUCCAGUGGGAUUGACAUUUAAAAGAGUGUCUCAUUUAGAAGCCUUCCCUUCACGACCCUGAUUACCUAUCUCUUUUACGUUAUGAUAGAUCUAAAACCCUUUUUGCCUUAUAUAUUCUGAGAAACCUGACAUCUGCUCUGUGUCCAUAAAAGGAACUUGUGGCUAUAAAACUGGAUAAACAGGCCUGAGGCUUUUUCAUAAUGUUUCAUGAGAAUUAAUGAACACCAGAUGGCAAUUUGAGCAUAGUUCCUGUGGUUUCGGGCCUAUUAUAUGGCAAGUCUUCAUGUCACAGGCCUGCCCCAAGUAUUUUUUUUUUUGUCAACACUGAAAAAGAAGGUUUUGUGAGAUCUAAACAAAAGGAAGGAAGUGAGUAAUUAGAACAAAACUGAAUGUUUAAAAAUGAUUCCUUUAUGGACAACCUCUCCGGUUCAUGCUGGCUUCACACUGACGGAGUGAGCACGCACUGCCCUGGUCUGGGGCACGCACACUGCAGGCACUCCUGGGCGCCAGCCACCUUGGACAGCUUCUCCUGGGUGGCUCUGUGGAUCACUGCUCAGGGCAGAGAGACAGAUGGGCUGGCUCUGGGACAAAGGCCAGGAGCGAGUAGCAAACUGCCAUGGCCCCACUGGGUCACUGCCCCCAGCCACACCUCCACCCAUUUAUCGCCUUAACCGGACUGGACAACGAGGACCCUUUAGGGGCCCCUGGCCGUGUAAUCAGUUCGUUCUGUCAUCAGGGAUUAUCUCCUGUACCAUUUUCAUAAGACAAAACCAAAAUCACCACCAUCAAAUGGCCUUUGUCCCUUUAAAAAGUCUGCUUAAAGUUCUGUUUUUAAAAACCCGUUUCUCUGCACCAGGUAAAUAAGAGUCAUCUCCAGAAAAAUAGGCCAAGAGGGUCUGCAGUGUAACAUCAUCAUGCCCAGAAUACUUCCUCUCCAGGUGACUCUGCAUCUGCAGAGCCUCCUAUAAGGGGAAGGCUGCUUGGGUGGGGGAGGGGGUGUCCUGCCCUCAGUCCUCUGAACCUUAGGUGCCCCACCUGUCCUGUUUUGAGGAUGAAGCAAACACAAGAUGAUUCCUUUGCCUUUCAGACUGGAAGUGCUGUGGUUAGUUUUGAAAGCCAGGACGAGGCCGAAGUGUGUCUAAGCUCUGGGAAGGGCGUGUGGUAGCAGGCUUUGCCCUGCCACCUCCUCCCACCCAAAGUCUGACUCAUCAGGAUCACGGAUCUCUGUCUAAGGAUCUGCUCUGCCGUGGCCUUCCUCUGGUUGGGCAGGCACUAUCCAACCAUGGCAACCCCUGAAAAUAGGUCAGCCUGCUCUCGCUCUCUCGCGGUCUCUAUCGCGCUCUCUCUCGCUCUCUUGUCUCCCAGGCCGCAUCCGGUCCGCGCCUGUGUUCACUGUGCCCCAAGUGCAAUUACCCACACCCCUUCUCAGCCUGGGGACUCCAGGCAGCUACACGCUGUCCACUCAGGGGAGCCGAGUCCUGGUCAGCCCUGCCUCUACCCCUUAGAAACUGCCCAGGCAAGGCCUCUUGUCCCUGCCGUCUUCUUACAGCGAAUGAGUAGUCGCGUGAAGACUGGGAUAGAAUUUUAAGUGAGAAUCCUUCCCCUCUCCCCUGAUGGAGGCCCUUAUGCUGAAGCUGAAAGUCACUGAGACUUCCUGCGGAUGGGAAAGUGUGCUUUAGGUAAGGAUAGCUGCUGGGCCGCCCACCUGUCAUGGCUGGCACCCCGUAGAGCAAAGGUGCCUUUAUAACCACGACUGCUGUGUUGCUCCCAUGCCUGACCAGGUUGUCACGUGAAACUCUUCUUUUCAGGAAGGCCUAACACCAUCUCAUCACCUCCACCAAACUCCUAAAAGCCUUCUGCCUGGGGACAGUCCAUCCCACGUCCUUCUUUCCUGUCCUGGGAUGGCACACAGAUGUCCCCUUGCCUUUCUCUUUUCUUGUAGGUUCUAGUUGAGCUCCUCUCACCCCUUUCUUAGUCCCGGCCGUAUUCCUCACCGACUGAACUGGGAAGCCAGAAGCCCUGGAAAGGUGCUGUGCUGCCAUCUAGUGGGGGAAGCAGAUCUGCCAGGUGUACCUUUAAUCCACAUCAGUUUGCCCUCUAGUUCUUUGGGGGUUAUUUAUUCCCUAGGCUCCCCGCCCCCUCCCAUUCUGCACCUGGCUUUGUGGGAGGAUGACACUUGGCUGAACCAGAAAUGUGGGAUGAGCCUGUGGGUCUGGGGGCCAGGCAAAGGGGAGAGGGAAGUGGCUCAGGGGUGCGGCCAGCUAGCUCCCUCUGAUUUGGCCUUUGCUUCCCCAAAAGUUACAGUAUGGCUCGAGGGCUUCUGACUUUGGCCGCCAGCAAUAAUUUGUGUUUUUUUUGUGCCCGAGUUGAUUUUAAGAAUUCCUGGAAACUAUAAAAAGGUCUCAUCCUGCUCCAGGCCUCUAUGUCUCCUCCCUUUUCACCUCCUUCCACCGUUUUCAAUCUUAUGGGUCUAGUUUUCAACCUUGCUGGCGUGCCCUCCCUGGCUCCAGACAUGCAGGCCCCAGGCAGUGGGCCAGUGCAAGCGCAUCAGGUAGUGCCUGCACAGUUAGGGCUGCUUCUGCUGCCUGGUGGGUCAGCCACACGGCUGGCGGAGGCCUGCAAACAGCAGGGCCGAGAUCCACGAUGCUGUGCAUUUGGCCUGAUGCAAAGACACUUUUUGAAUACUUUCCCUUUUAGAUCUGAUUUGAAACAUGCAGCUUCCCUCACCAGCCCAAGGAAAGACCGAAACAUAAGGGAAGAAAAGGAUUUAUCUUUGUUUUGGAAGUAAUUAAGUUGUGCAGCUAUUUACCUAUUUAGAUGCAACGUUUAUAGAAAGCUGAUUGUUAAUAAAAACCAAAUUUACACUGGCAUGUGUGGUGUAGUUUCUAAAAGGCACUUCACAUUUGAAGAUUUUCUUAACUUGGAAACUUUCUGGUUCUCUAAAUGUCUGGUUUUGUAUCCUUUUGUGUAUGUUCACUGUUUCUCAGUAUUACCACUUGAAUAAUUCUCUGGGGGUUGUUUCUGUUAUAUACGGGGUGUCUAAUUGCAGCAAUAAAGCAUCUCUUUAAAAAGGA